CACCACACUUUGACAGUGAGAAAUAAACAAGACCACCACAACCCCAUCUAAAUUCUUAUAAGAAUCCCUCUAAACAAUGGGUCGCAGGAAAUCCAAAAGGAAACCGGCCCCCAAACGCAAGGCCAUUGAGCCGUUGGACAUACAGUUCAACUGUCCGUUUUGUAAUCACGAGAAAUCGUGCGAUGUUAAAAUGGACAAGGGACGGAACACAGCCCGGAUAACUUGCAGGGUUUGUCUGGAAGAUUUUCAGACAACAAUAAACUUUUUAUCAGAACCUGUUGAUGUGUAUAAUGACUGGAUCGAUGCAUGUGAAUCAGCAAACUAAAAAUUGUUUUCGAUGUGGUGUUGUGUGGUGUUCAAAGACUCUAUUUUAAGUUUUGUACUAAUUGUUUUUAGUAUAUUGAAGUUGAGUUUUAGUAUGAAUGUUUUCAGAGAUUUUCAGUUUGAUUAAUAAAUAAUCAUUGUUAAACACAUUAGUUUAUGUAUGAGUAUUUGUAGGUUUAAAAACUUUUAUAAAGUCCAAAAAUAACAUUCUUAUAUUAAACAA